AUGGCCAGGAAGCUUCGAGCAGCUGCCCAGGCAGCCGCUCAAUCCUUGAGAAACGCCCCUCCACCCCUCCCCGACGCAUCCGACGAGGAAAUGGGUGAUGCGCCCGUCUCGAACCCGUCCAGCCCGGCCGUAGAGGACCCUGGAGACGCGUCGGAAAAGGAGGACGAUCCCGACGCCGAAGCGCAACCCGAACCGGUCCCGGAGGAAGAGACCGCAGCGACGCCCACGCAGGAGUCGAACACGCCGUCGCGAGCGGAUACGCCUACGCGCACCGGUGGUCGCCCUUCCGCGAUCCCGCGAAAACGACGCAUAGGCCGUCCGCCGAAGAACCGUCCCCCGGACUGGGAUGCGCCCGACGACGGAGCGCCGCAGACACCCAUCCACACGAGCACGCCGGUGAAGAGGAGGCGAGGACGCCCGGCGGCGAGUGGAGGACGAUGGGCUCGAAACCGGGGCCCGUCGCACGUCACGCAGGUGCCCAUCGACAAGGAAGGAAACAUGAUGGACGUGAUCGACGACGAAGUGGCUCUUCCGGACGACCCGGAGGGCGAGACCAAGGUCGACAAGAACGGCCUUCUGAAGGGAGAUCGAGAGUACAGGGUGCGAACGUUUACCAUCCUCAACCGCGGCGAGAGAUAUUACAUGCUGUCUACGGAGCCAGCUCGUUGCAUCGGUUUCCGGGACUCGUAUCUGUUCUUCCAGAAACACAAACUCCUCUAUAAGAUCAUCAUCGACGACGAGGCUAAACGCGACCUCAUCGAGCGCGAAAUCAUCCCCCAUUCCUACAAGGGUCGAGCUAUCGGUGUGGUGACCGCUCGGUCAGUAUUCAGAGAGUUCGGCGCCAAAAUCAUCGUGGGCGGGAAAAAGGUCGUCGACGACUAUCAUGCUCAGCAAGCACGAGAGCGCGGCGACGUUGAAGGCGAGCUGGCUGUCCCCGAGGACAAACUCCCCGGGCCCGGAGAGCCGUACAACAGGAACCAAUACGUCGCGUGGCAUGGCGCCAGUAGUGUCUAUCACACGGCCGUGCCUUCGGUUCCAGUUCCCGUGGGGAAGGCGGUUGAUUCGAAAAAGCGAAAGAUUACCGUUACCGGGGAUAAUUGGAUGCUUGAGCAUGCUCGUGAAGCUAGCAAUUACAAUGCUCUCAUUUCGCAUGCUCGUCGUGCGAACCUAGACGGAUACUACGACAUCCACACCAAUGUCUUGCAGUAUCCGAAAAUCAUGCAGCCCACGCAUGCGCGCUGGGAGCGUCUACCCCCUCCUGAUCCGCGGGUCGCGACCAAACUCACCCAGGAACUGUCCACCCUCAGCCUGACGAAUGGCAGCGACGAGGGCGAGGAGCCUCCUGUCGAAGCCUCGACCGCCACAGACGAAACGCAAGAGAACAACGAGGAAGAACCUGCCAAGGAAUCGAUCUUUUCCACCAUCCCGGCUGCGCUCUCGCGCCGGUUCGCCAUCCAUGACGUCCACUACGAAACGCCGCCACACUCCAAUUUGGGGAUCCCCGGCCCUGAUGGCGACGUGCAUGAUCUCGGCUCGAACGGCUUCGUCAGCGUGGCCAACCCGUCGAAUCCCGAAUUCCUGAGCCCCGAGAUCCUGGAGGAGCUCCCGGCCGAGUGCAAGGAAGCCCUCAUUGAGGCGGCCGCGCAGGAGUGCGAAUGGAAGUCUAAAUGGUGCAGCGAGACCACUGAUGGCGCUCGCAGAGCCCCUCUCAAGAGCUAUGCAUGGUUCCCUUAA